AUGGCGGACCAGGUCAACACGACCACAAUGGAGUCAACUGCGCCUGUGACAAGCGAACCGGUACGGCCAGUGUCGCCUACAAGUGACUCGGACAAGGAGACGGAUAACUUUGAAGAUGCGCCCGACACAGCCUCGAUCCGCUCCUUGACGAGGAGAAAACCGUCCGCCACGCAGCCUGUUUCCGACGAUAACCAGUCCGAGCUGGCAGCAGCCUUCAACAAAAUCAAGAAUAAAAAGGCUGCCAAGGACCAAGGCCCGAGCGAUGCUACAAAGGACAAAGAAACCAAGCAAGAGGCCACAGAUGCAGACGAGGCCACCGAGCCAGCUGCCGUCUCACCACCGUCACCAAAAGUACCGCCAGUUUCCAAACCUUCCAUCGAUGACGAUGAAAGGCUUCCAGAGCCAGUCAGCACGUCCGAGCCUAACGGAAAGCGAAUAUCAAAGGCCUCUACCAAUGGAGAACUGAACGAAGUCGACCUGGACGACAAAGAACAGACAACUGCCCCAGUAGAAGCCCAGACCCAGACGCCCGCCAUAAAGAAUACGCCCUCGCCUACUGGAGCUGCAGAUGAAAAGCCUGUCCUGGCACGGGAGUCACCUAAAACCUUGUCGCUGAGCAGCAUCACGAAUGCACUGCCUUCCAUGCCUUGGUCUCCCCCUGCCAACGAAUCCCCCACAAAGGCCAUGACGGUCAACCCGCAACCGCCCAUACCGCCUCCGAUCACAGCUCCUCCUCCGCCUGCCACUGCUACGCGCAAACUGACCAGCCCCUUUGCUUGGCUAUCGCGAAACUCUACAAAGGACAAAGAGGCUCCGGCACCACCUCCCGUAUCCCCACGCAGGAACACGGCUAGUUCCGUGACAACUCUAACCAGCAACCCGGACAUACUUGGUCGGUUGGAGGAAGAGGGCAAGAACGGUGGUGCGGCGGCGCGGAACACUCUGAAGGACCGCUUUAAGCUUGUGCGGAUGCGUGAGGAGGCCGGCAUUACCCUUCCAGAAGACGACAAGAGCCCUGCGACCACAAAAUCGACUACUGGUGUGUCUAGCCCGGUUUUGAACACGACGGCCGACGACAAGGAAGGUUUGGCUGUGCAACAACCGCCUACGUCACCCCUACCAAGUAGUCCAAACAAAAGCCUAGCGCCGGGCACCGCCUCGGGCGUGGAUGCCGCAGUCGCCGAUGGGCAGCCUGUGGACUGGGACCUGUGGCAGUCGUUGGUCUACGAGGGUCACGCCGCUGUAGCCCGAACAAGUUCCGAGGAACUAAACAGGGCCAUUGCGGUGGGCAUCCCGAACGUUAUCCGAGGUCUUGUUUGGCAGACAUUGGCGCAGAGCAAAAACGAGGGGCUUGAACAUGUAUACCGCGAGUUGGUUGCCAGGGGUACAGACAAGGAGAAGCCUAACAACAGGCAAAGUGGUAGCUCGGUUGGUACCGGUAGCAACACUAGUAACCUCAGCAUUCAGCAGCGGGGCGAGACGGCGUCUUCGGCAUCGUCGGUCCACUCUGAUGGCGGAAGCUCGGGUGGCGCAGCACCAGCUGUCGAUCCCAAAGAAGCCGAGGCGGCUGCCGCCAGGUUAUUGGCAGAACGCAAGAAGCGUGAAAAGGAGGAGAAGAUGGCCCUCGCAAAGUUGGAAAAGGUCAUUCGCAAAGACUUGGGCAUGAGGACAAGUUUCUCCAAGUUCGCAGCGUCACAGGGGCUUCAAGAGGGUCUAUAUGGUGUCUGCAAGGCAUACGCGCUGUUUGACGAAGCCGUUGGGUAUGCGCAGGGCAUGAAUUUCCUCGUCAUGCCGCUAUUAUUCAACAUGCCCGAAGAAGAGGCCUUCUGCCUACUAGUGCGGCUGAUGAACCACUACCACUUGCGUGAUUUGUUCAUACACGACAUGCCGGGGCUUCACAAGCACCUCUAUCUGUUCGAGCGCCUUAUAGAGGACCUCGAACCGGCUCUGUAUUGCCACCUCCACCGCAAGGGCAUAUCAUCACACCUGUAUGCGACCCAGUGGUUCUUGACCCUCUUCGCCUACAGAUUCCCGUUACAGCUCGUGCUGCGCAUCUACGACCUCAUACUGUCCGAGGGUCUCUCGGCCAUCCUGAAGUUUGGUGUGGUGCUCAUGCAGAAGAACGCGGCUGCUCUGCUGCAGCUCUCGGAUAUGUCGGCACUGACGGCUUUCCUGCGCGAUCGACUCUUCGACGUCUAUAUUGAUGUUGCUCCUAGCGCCGGUGGGAUAUUAGAGAAUGGGUUUUUCGGCAGCUCAUCUUCCAACAUCGACAAGGAGGUGUAUAGGGCAGACCAGAUGGUCCGGGACGCUUGCGAGGUCAAGAUUACUCCAGAGAUACUUGCAGCAUACACGGAAGAAUGGGAGGAGAAGACGGCGGCGGAAAGACAGCGCGAGGCUGAAAUCACUCGUCGCGAUGCCGAGAUUGAAGAGCUGCGAGCCAUAAACACGGCCUCUGCCUUCAAGAUUCGCCGACUCGAGGAGCAACUUCAGGUGCAUGAUAGCGAGCAGGCCGCUCUGGCGACGCAACUAGUGCAUUUCAAGGUGGAGAACCAAGAGCUUCGCGAUGAGGCCGAGUCGCUACGGGAGCAGACCAAGACCCUCCGGACCCUACUCGAAGAACAACCAACCGAGCUCGAAAAGGCAUGGACCGAGGAGAAGCAGGGUCUACUCGCCAAGAUGGACAAGGUGCACGAGGAGAACCGAAGGAUUCAGCAAGAGAUGUCAGAGAUGGAGCAGCAACUGGUAAAGACCAAAAUGGAAUAUGCCGAGAUCAACUCGCAACACGAGACUCUGACAAGGAGGUGGACGGAUCUCAAAAGGCAAUUCGCAUGA